AUGGAGUCCAUACUGUACUACACCUACAACUACACCACCAUGGAGCCUACGCUAUUCUUCCUCACAACCCUCAGCGCUCUGGUAGCCGCUGCCCCAGUCCACGCCUCCAACCCCCCUCCUCCCCUCCCCACAGCCUUCUACCCUGACCCAGUCUCUGGAUCUGGCUCCGGCCAAAUGGUGGACAACAUGCUUCCGGACAGCGACCUCCCAGGUGGCGGUAUUGCCUCCGGCCAAAUGGUCGACAACAUGCUUCCCGACAGCGACCUCCCCGGCGGCGGCAUCGGCUCCUCUUCUCCUCAGAUACCCGAUAAACGCGCCCUUGCCAACGCGGUUCCUGAUAAAUAUGACUCGUCUACGUACUACGACGCAGCUGCUGAGAAAGAAGCAGAGGAGCUGGCUCUUGUGCUAGACGCUGCGAGUGAGAAUGCCGCGGAGGACGAGAGUGCGGAUACCAACCUUAACGUGAAGAGGGGACCGGGAAUGGAAGGCAAAAGCGUGGAGGGGUGUAAGAAGAGGGGUGGGCCUGCACAGUGUGUGAAGUGUCAGAAGGAGUGGGAUAUGUACGUUUGA